AAAUACUUCCUAGAAACAGCAAGUACGCUGCUCAACCCUGCCUGAACUUUCCUGUAAACAGCCACUGACAGACUGCAUCCCUGCUGGGUGGAUCCUGCGACUCCUAGAGGGAAUGGCACUUCUUGUUUUUAAUUAGCAAGGUGAAAGGUGAAUUAAAACUAGCAGUUUGGCAAGUCAGUGCAAGAGGCUGACUUCUGAGAGGCUUCCAGGAGCCCGAAGAGAGGACCUCCACGGGAGAAGGGAGUGCGUGUGCGUGUGCGUGUGCUCGGGUUUUUUUUUUUUUUUUUUUUUCUGAAUGAACAGCUUUGCCUAAGUGACUGAAAAAUACAGCUUCUUCCUGAAUCUACCGGCGUAGUUGCUGAAUAAAGCUCUAGACAGGACAUGGCUCUGAAGACUCACUCUUUGGAAUGUCCUCUUGCUCCCGGCUUAUAAACAACUGUCCUGAGGAAAGAAAGGUUUUACAUAGCCAAAUACAGCCUGACAAAUGGCACUUCGGAACUGUGCUUUCUGAUGACAACGCGUUCGAUUUCUGACAAAGCCUCUCGCACGCUGCCCCUGGAGGGAAGUCCUAAGUAAAACUCAGACCCUCCUUAAAGUGAGGAGCGAGGGCUUGGACGGUGAACACGGCAGCAUGGCAUCCGCCGGGUACAUUAUCACCUUGCUCCUGUGGGGUUACUUACUGGAGCUUUGGACAGGAGGUCAUACAGCUGAUACUACGCACCCCCGGUUACGCCUGUCACAUAAAGAGCUCUUGAAUCUGAACAGAACAUCAGUAUUUCAUAGCCCAUUUGGAUUUCUUGAUCUCCAUACAAUGCUGCUGGAUGAAUAUCAAGAGCGGCUCUUCGUGGGAGGCAGGGACCUUGUAUAUUCCCUCAGCUUGGAGAGAAUCAGUGACGGCUAUAAAGAGAUACACUGGCCUAGUACAGCUCUAAAAAUGGAAGAAUGCAUAAUGAAGGGAAAAGAUGCGGGUGAAUGUGCAAAUUAUGUUCGGGUUUUGCAUCACUAUAACAGGACACACCUUCUGACUUGUGGUACUGGAGCUUUUGAUCCAGUUUGUGCCUUCAUCAGAGUUGGGUAUCAUUUGGAGGAUCCUCUGUUUCACCUGGAAUCACCCAGAUCUGAGAGAGGAAGGGGCAGAUGUCCUUUUGACCCCAGCUCCUCCUUCAUCUCCACUUUAAUUGGUAGUGAAUUGUUUGCUGGACUCUACAGUGACUACUGGAGCAGAGACGCUGCAAUCUUCCGCAGCAUGGGGCGACUGGCCCAUAUCCGCACUGAGCAUGACGAUGAGCGUCUGUUGAAAGAACCAAAAUUUGUAGGUUCAUACAUGAUUCCUGACAAUGAAGACAGAGAUGACAACAAAAUCUAUUUCUUUUUUACUGAGAAGGCACUGGAGGCAGAAAACAAUGCCCAUGCAAUUUACACCAGGGUCGGGCGACUCUGUGUGAAUGAUGUAGGAGGGCAGAGAAUACUGGUGAAUAAGUGGAGCACUUUCCUCAAAGCGAGACUCGUUUGCUCAGUACCAGGAAUGAAUGGGAUUGACACACAUUUUGAUGAAUUAGAGGACGUUUUUUUGCUACCUACCAGAGAUCAUAAGAAUCCAGUGAUAUUUGGACUCUUUAACACUACCAGUAAUAUUUUUCGAGGGCAUGCUAUAUGUGUCUAUCAUAUGUCUAGCAUUCGGGCAGCCUUCAACGGACCAUAUGCACAUAAGGAAGGACCUGAAUACCACUGGUCAGUCUAUGAAGGAAAAGUCCCUUAUCCAAGGCCUGGUUCUUGUGCCAGCAAAGUAAAUGGAGGGAGAUACGGAACCACCAAGGACUAUCCCGAUGAUGCCAUCCGAUUUGCAAGAAGUCAUCCACUAAUGUACCAGGCCAUAAAACCUGCCCAUAAAAAACCAAUAUUGGUAAAAAUAGAUGGAAAAUAUAACCUGAAACAAAUAGCAGUGGAUCGAGUGGAAGCUGAGGAUGGCCAAUAUGAUGUCUUAUUUAUUGGGACAGAUAAUGGAAUUGUGCUGAAAGUAAUCACAAUUUACAACCAAGAAAUGGAAUCAAUGGAAGAAGUAAUUCUAGAAGAACUUCAGAUAUUCAAGGAUCCAGUUCCUAUUAUUUCUAUGGAGAUUUCUUCAAAGCGACAACAGCUAUAUAUUGGAUCUGCUUCUGCCGUGGCUCAAGUCAGAUUCCAUCACUGUGACAUGUAUGGAAGUGCUUGUGCUGACUGCUGCCUGGCUCGAGACCCUUACUGUGCCUGGGAUGGCAUAUCCUGUUCCCGGUACUACCCAACUGGCACACAUGCGAAAAGGCGUUUCCGGAGACAAGAUGUUCGACAUGGAAAUGCAGCUCAGCAGUGCUUUGGACAACAGUUUGUUGGGGUUGCUUUGGAUAAGACUGAAGAGCAUCUGGCUUAUGGCAUAGAGAAAAACAGUACUUUGCUGGAAUGUACUCCACGAUCUUUACAAGCAAAAGUUAUCUGGUUUGUACAGAAAGGACGGGAGACAAGAAAAGAGGAGGUGAAGACAGAUGACAGAGUGGUUAAGAUGGACCUUGGUUUACUCUUCCUAAGGUUACAUAAAUCAGAUGCUGGGACCUAUUUUUGCCAGACAGUAGAGCAUAGCUUUGUCCAUACUGUCCGUAAAAUCACCCUGGAGGUAGUGGAAGAGGAGAAAGUCGAGGAUAUGUUUAACAAGGACGAUGAGGAGGACAGGCAUCACAGGAUGCCUUGUCCUGCCCAGAGUAGCGUCUCACAGGGAGCAAAACCAUGGUACAAGGAAUUCUUGCAACUGAUCGGUUAUAGCAACUUCCAGAGAGUGGAAGAAUACUGCGAGAAAGUAUGGUGCACAGAUAGGAAGAGGAAAAAGCUUAAAAUGUCACCCUCCAAGUGGAAGUAUGCCAACCCUCAGGAAAAGAAGCUCCGUUCCAAACCUGAGCAUUACCGCCUGCCCAGGCACACGCUGGACUCCUGAUGCGGUGAGACUAUCUACUGUCUUUUGAAGAAUUUAUAUUUGGAAUGUAAAAAAUAAAUCAUCCAACUUCUUUGCAUUACUUAAAAGAUAUUUCUGUAAUACAGGAAUGACUAUGAAGGUGUUACAAUAAAUUAUUCUACAUACUCAUUUGACUGGAUAAAUUUCACAUAAAAUUAACUAAUUUUUUAAAUAAAUGCAUUGCUUAAUGGUUUCUCAUUAUGUUUAUCAAAAAACAAUAUAGUUGUAAUUUUCAGUACUUGGCUGCUUUUCCGUGAAGAUUAUUAUUUUAGUUUUGGAAGACUUAAGAGUAUUAGAAUACUGAAGAAAAAUUGGAGAAUUUUAUAAUCAUGGUAAAUAUAAAACUAAAUGUGUUUUAAUAUUUCAGAAGUUUUCUUUUCCACCACAAUGUAAGAUAUGCAGAAUACAAGAUACUUUGUCAUUCUCACGUGAACUUUCUGUACUCUUUAAGGAUUUUUUUAUUAGUGUUGUUUAAGUCAUGAGUGUUAAGUAGCAGGUGUGUUGUGACUGCUGUAACCCAUGAAAGGAAAAAUGUGGUCGUUCUGAGGCUUGUGCCCUUCGUAAUAUAUUCAUUAAAGCAUACUCACAAUAUUUUUGCUUUAUAACACAGUCUUUAAAUUUCACUCACUGUGGAAAGAAAAACUAAGGUAACUUCUCAGAAAGAUAUCAAAGAAUGUCAAAUCAGAUGAAGUUAUAGUUAGAAUUCUAACUACUGUAAAAGAUUUUUGCUGCCCUCUUGUGGUAAGAAAAAGUAUAUUCUCACACAUUUCUUUUUUCUCUACAGAUGGAUAUCUGUUUAGGAAAGAUUUGAAAGCAGAUUAUCAGUAGAUACAUCGAUACAUCAAGUUCAUUUGCAGAAACAAAUAACUGAAAUUAAAAAAACACAUUGAUCCUUAUAUCAUACUUUAAUAUGAAAGUAUUGUUUAUAAUUUAUUAUCUCACAGGUCAAAAAUGGAGAUUUUGUGGCACUGAAGGUCUAUUAAAGCCCCAAAGUUUAAGUUUCCAAAUAAUCUUCGCUGAAAUCUAAAAUAUAUUAUAACAACCAUGCUUUAUUUGUGAAAAAGUAUUAAAGUGAUUUGCUCUCAAAUACCAAAUGUUCUUCUCUAUUUUAUAUUAAGAGACAGGAAAUUGUUUCACGAGUUCACUUAACUACUGAGAUAUUCAGAGCAUUUUUACCUCCCUCUUAAAUAUUAUAAAAAGAAUUGUAGUUUUGAGAAUGUUUAUUUAUCAAAGUCUUUCCUUCUCCUAUUAAAUAUUUAGCAAUUACUUUUCUCAAAUAUGAAAUUUUUAUAAGAUGUUUUCAUCUAAAUAAAAAUUGAAAGCAAGUGGAUUACACAGGGUAACCAUUGUGAACAUUUAUUUAGAUAUUAAUCUUAAAUUGUGUUUAUUUCAGUUUUCAAAGUUAGCUUAUAGGUUAUAGAUUUCAGUUAAAGUGCUGAUAACUCAUAAUCACUUGCAAUUUCAUUGUAAAAUUAACAAAUACAUAAAUAUUUUAAGAAAAAUUUGUUUGUUCAGAUAAUUCACCAUGUUUCAAAAGAUCUAAGAAAUGCAAAUAUCCUGAAAAUUGACAUCCUCUGAAAAUUCCACUUGCUAUUUACCUAAGAAUCCACUGGAGGUCAUUACUGCCAUUAAAUAAUAACUGAAAAGACUAUGUAUUGAAAUAUAUUUUUAAAACUAUGUUCAGUAAGAGCCUGCUCAAUUUGGAGAAAGAAACACAGAUCACAGGGGACUUACAAAGUUUAUAUCUGAACAAAUAAGUCAAUUAAGUACACUUUAUUGAAAAUAUUCUUUCAUUAACACACAAGAAAGAAAGCAGGAUUUUCUCCUGUAUGUGAAUUUUAAAUUUAAAGAGUAAGGCAAGUGAGACAUAAAGAGUUAUCAUUUUAAUCACAGUAACACAGACAAGUUGUUAAUAAUAAUAACAAUAGUGUAACUUGUAAACUAAACAUUUGGUAACAAGCAAUAGGCAGAGGAAAAUAGCUUUUCUAUGACACAAGUCAUACGUACAUUCACUGAACAGCCGUUUGAUUAAAAUAAACUGAUUAUUAACCAGAAAAGAAACAUUUUACAUAAAAUGCUAAAAUUGAUUAUAGGAAAAUAAAUCAAACUCAAAGAAAGUUUAUACAAUGCUAAUUUGAAAGAACACUGAUAGGAAAACUUUGAGGGCCCAGGUCCACAAUUUAGGGAGACCACUAAAUUUUAUAUAUAAUUAUACACACACAUAUGUACAUAUAUAUAUACAUAUAUAUAUAUAAUCUUGCUUCCUGCCUGUUUAUGGCAGUACUGAAGAGAACUGGGAAAGUAGAGGGAGGGAGAGAGAAAGACGAAGAGAGAGAGAAAUCAGUUUCCAAGGGUAUGUUUCAUGUCCCACCAUUUUUUCAGUUUCUCCCUCUCUCCCAACACAUGCGUGCACACACACACACACACACACACCCCUCACAUACUAUAAAAUAAAUCUUCACUACCCUAUCAAAAUACAAACAUAUCAAUCUAUGUUGUUUUGUCCUUCUUGAGAAUCUAAAACAUACCACAAAAAUAUAUCCCCAGUCUUUUGUUCUGUCUGAGGUUAGAAUUCAUUCAAAUUCAGAAUCUCUUUUGAGAAAUGCCCAGGCUUAGAAAAUUAGAAAUGGAUGGAUCUUCUCUGAACUCAAGGAGGGGACAUACUUAGACACGUGCAAGACUUGGAGGAAUUAAGAGUUCACCCUUGCUCUCACCAAAUUUUCCCUAUUUUUCUCUUUUUUGCAGAAGGAGAGAAACCAUGCUCUCUAACAUUGAGCAAAACUCAUAACCACUCAUCCUAAUUUCUAAGGGGCGCCUCCAUCUAGGGCCAGUCUUCUGCUUCUUUAGACCUCUUUUAUCUUUGUUACAGGAGAGGACCUGUGGAUGGAAAGAGUUUUGACAUAAAACAAUGCCCAUUCACUUGCUCCUUCAGCACAAUGUCACCCAUUGAGAAACAGAUCCAGAUUUGUUAACAAGAAAGAUUUUACUUCGUGAUUUGUGAGGUCUCUUCCAUGUCUAUAAUUCUACAUUGUUAAUUUUUUUCUUCUGUGUGAAUUACUGAAUAUUUCAGUGCAAAGCUAUCAACUUGGAGAAACAGGGAUUAAAUAAAGGAUAAACACUAAUAAGAGCUCUAGAAAAAGGGAACAGAAAGUCUUUGCCUGUUUAGUAAGUGGCAAUUCCAUAUAUAUUUUAGAGUUUUUUUCUAACUAAAAUUAAAUACUUAGAAUGUUUGUAAUGAGUGUUCAAUAUUUGCUAUAGGUUUUAGGGUUUUGUAAAUCUUCCUAGUAAUUAUGAACAUUUGUAAAAUUUGUAAAAUAUAAUAAAUCAUUUUGAGUCUUGGUGUUAAGCAUGAAACAAACACAGCAGCUGUUGUCCUUAAAAAUGAAUCAACCUGUGACAUCUGUAGCCUAAUAAAUAUAUUAAGAAAAGUACUUAGUAUUGUAUAAAUAUUUUGUUUCCAGGAGAAAAUGCGACACUCAAGAAGCCCAUAUUCUUUUUCUUACAGCACAGCAUUACACCGAGUUCCAUUUUAAAGAAGGACUCAUUUUUCAGGCCAACAACUGUUGCAUUUGAAUCAGAUAUAAAUAAUAGAUUUUCCACAAACACUCAGCUGAUUGUAGCAGUGCUAUUUAAGCUGGUAUGUUUAUUUUUGUUUUCUUGGAAGGAUAGCUUUAUAUUUUGGCUUUCAUGAUAAAUUGAUUGUGUUCUGCUUGUGUUUAAAUGACUUAGUUAUAAGCUAGAGCACUAUAUGGCAGUGCUCUUUUCUGUAUGGUAUCCUUUUAUUUGCUUGGCUGGGUUCAUAACAGUAUGGGCCAUAUUCUUUCUUUUCACUGAUUCUAAGCCAUGAGACUUAUUAUCAUCUGGUGGCAAGCUGCAGGGCCCAUUAACGGUGUGUCUCUGACUAUAACGUGGAUCUGCUACUACGCACUACGUAAUUUGUCUGUACCAUUGUGUACAAUCUCUAUUUGGCUCAACUUCGAUGAAAAAGAAAUAAAUAUUUGCUAAACUCUCA